CCCUUAUACGCGCCGCACGACGGGAAUCCCUACGCUCGCGUUCAUCUGAUCUCUCUAAGUCACCGCUUGACCGAUCAUACAAAAGACGCGACUUGCCAAUCGCCUCUUGCGACUAUCGACCAAGAAGUGGAAGAAGGAGGCGAAGCCCUUAUUGUUGGCUGGGCCUUCUCUUCCGCGAACAAGGAGCUAUCGUGAGUUGGACGGUCGCAGUGGCCAACAACCACAAAGGAGGAAAAAGCCUUCCUUCCCCCGCGCCCCAACAGCAAUCUUGUGUCGACGUUGAGAAAUGCGGCUCGAUUGCUAGCGCAAUCCCAGACAAAGUCCACAUACCUGCCUCCAGGCAUCUUCCGUCGUCAUGUCUCAAUACCCUCCCUACCCGGGACCAUACAACGGCUACGGCCAGUAUCAAGGCCAACCACCUCCCCAGCCGCCUCCCCAACCGCCAUACGGAUAUCAGCAUCCCCCGAACUUUUCAGUCCCUCCUCCUAGCACAGCUCCUCCUCCGUACAACGCCGCACCAUUGUACCAACUCCCGGGGCAGCCUGGAUUCGGUAUGGAUACCAAUCGCAACAUUUCGCAAGGCGCGUUUGACUACAACUCGAUGCAAAUCCCGGGUCUUGGGAUUGGUGGCCCGCCUGCCACGAGCACGCCCUUUGGCGUCCCACCUAUUCCCAGUCCUUGGGGUCACCCACCGCCGUCUUUCCAAAACCAUCAGCCGCCGCCCAUGAUGCCUCAGCAACCGGCGCAGCCCCCUGCGCCUCGUGCCUUUGGCCGAUACUCUGGUCCAAGCCAACCUGCUGCUGCUGGACCUUCAUCGAACGGCCCUGUGAACCGCCCCGCCAAUCUCCCGCCAAAGCUUCCCCCCAAACCGCCUGCUCGCGUCACGAAGGAGAUCGAGAUAGAAGAAGGGGAGUUGAGUGAGGGUCAGUUCGAGGACCUGUAUGAGCCCGCCCCCGCCCCUCCCAUCACUGUCAACACCAACGUAAAGAAAGCUCCGAAGCCCGCUCCGGCUCCUGUCGAGAGCCAGCCCACGAGCGCAGUCGAUACUCCGGAUGCGAACUUCUACGGAAAUGAUGAAGACGAGGGAGAAGUAACGGCAAAGGAUGGACAAGGUGCUGUGCCUGGUUCGGCGCGUGAACGAUCCGGUUCCUACUCACCCUUCCUCUCACCAAGGGAGCUGCAAUCUGGAAACCCAACUCCGCAAAAUGGCGAUAGGAGCAUGCCAGCACCACAAUCUGUCCCUGACCGAACAAAAGCGAUCGGCAAUGCUCAUGGACGAGCGCCUCUUGUUCCUGGUCUUCAAUUUGCCUCAUCCUCCUUCAGCACCUCUGCGACACCCAAAAUUGCCGAACAAGCGGCACCUGCACCCCAAACUGCUCCGGGUAGCUCGUCUGCGCCAAAAACAUUACAAACGGUUCAAAAGGAAGCUCAGCUUGCCAUCUUGCGUCUGCUACCCCUGGGCGUCAAAUAUCAGAAUUAUAUAGAAGAGGGUAUUGACGAGAAGGUGGUCAACAAGCUUUACAACAACCUUCAUCUCGAUAUUCCGAAGCCGGCAUCGGAGGCUGCGACUACAACUGCCUCUACGCAAAAGGCCGCCCCAGAAAAGGUGUCUAGCCCCGUACCCACCUCGCCGCAGACCACAAAGGUACAACAGCAACAACCGACACCUGUUGUUGCUGAGACAGUUUCCACAACUGAGCAACCAGGCAAAGAAGAAAGUCGCAAAGACCGUAUUGCGCGGUUAAUGGCCGCAAAGGCCGAGAAGGCUGCAAAGCCCCCGACUGUCCCUGCUCCGAAACCACCCUCUGCGCCCGCCCCAAAAACGGCAUCUGCUCCUGUGGCGAUGGCACAACCGAGCCCCGUAUUUGCCGAAGCAAAGGUAGCGCCAGCGGCAGUGCAAGAAAAGCCGGCUGGCGACGCUGCCGCGCCUAAACCCAAACUGGGGCCCAAGGAGCUCUUGUUACAGCAAAAAAUUGCAGCACUGCAAAAGUCUCGAGAAGCGCAGAAGCAGGGGCAGGCAAACGUCAAACCACAAGCCGCAACCCCAGGUCUUGCUGACAAGGCUACAAGUACUCCCAUUCCUAAAUCUGCGGCUCCAGCUCGUUUGAAAAAUGGCAUACCACAACCUCAAGCCCAGGCCAAUGUACCCACGGCCAUGUCGACAAUUCCCGGCCUUCACUUCUCUGGAACCCCGAAUGUCCAGCCUGCGCUACCUGCGAACCCGCGAAAAAGGCCAGUGGCUGCUGAUUUUGUAGAGUAUUCCUCAGCAGCAGCCAGUCUGCCUAAACGACCUUUCGGUCAAAUCCGGAAGGAGACCUCCCUGGUCAUUGAUGUGACUGACGGCUCGGACGACGAGGAUAUGGACAUUGAUAUGGACAUGGAAUCUCCUACUGAUGUCCCACAGUCAACACAGACGGCUAAUGGGAGCUUCCAGCGCGGCGGGCCAUUGCGUGAUUUCCCACCUUUGACAGACACCUUGCCGCCGCGUCAGUUUUCAAGCCCCGUCCCCGUUUCGCAGGCAUCGAACCCACCUGCAACAGCGCAGAAUAUCAGAAGACGAGAGACGGAACUCGACGUCAAAGAACGGAUGAUUCAGGAAAUGCGCAGGAAGAUUGCUGAGGCUGAGGCCAAGAGGAAGGCCAGGAAGCCUUCCGCGGGUUCACAAACGCCUACACAGCCUGAGCAGACGCCGGAGUUGAAGGAUGAUGGAGGAUUCAGACUGCCCACUACUCGACAGUCCGUUUCGACGAGCAGUGCGGGUCUAUCUUCAGUCACAACCCCCGUACGGCCCGCUUCGGCAGCGCCUGUUCUUAGCUCGCCAAGCCUUCCGGAGCCUACAAAGCCGAGUCAAGCUGCAAAGGCGGCCCUGGAAGCCAAGAUGAACAGACUGAGGCAGCUGCGAGAGGAACAAGCUCGCUUGGAAGCCGAGAUCAAUGGGUUGUCCGAGGAACCCGAGCAACCUGACACCAACACUAUGGAAGUUCCCGCGCAGUCGAACGGUUCAGAUAUGGACACCACUUCCGUAUCUGCCCAUCCUACUAUUGAAUCACAAAACGAUUCAGAUGCCUCCAAGCUUGAGAUAUUAUCGGCGCCUUCAAAGUCCAUGAAAGAGAGCAGCACCGUCGUAGGUGUGGAUGAUAAAUCUUCCGGGUCGUCCUCCAUCCCGGUCCCGGCUGCCGAUGUCCAAGAGGAAACGGUUGCUGCAGAGACCGCUGAACAAGAUGAUCAAACAUCCGCCAUGUCACUUGAUGAAGGCGAAGAGUUGGAGUUGGACCAAAGCGACCGGCCCACAGAUGUUUCUGAGGGCAUCCCGACAUCACAGCUGGCCGACGAAGCUGGCGGUGGUGACUCUGAAGUUCAACGCGAGAACACGCCUGUCAAGCUUGAUGAAACAUCGCCAAUGGACAUCGACUCACCUCCGUCCAGCCCGACUUCCCUUGAGUCCUCUCCCGAGGACAAGUCGCCCUUACCAGACCAGAUCUCGGUUGUUGCUCAGCCUCGUGAAGCUGCCCAGGAGCUAGAGGAGGAACCUGCAAGAGAUGUAAACGUCGUUUCUCCUGAGGUCCCUGACCUUGUUCAGUUAACCAGAUCACAGGAGACUCACGAGACGACGACAGCCAAGACAGGCUCGUUCAGACCUUACGAAAGCCCGUUGCGCUACUUCCAUGCGUUUCGAUUCCACCCGAGCUACCGGGACACUGUUUCCGGUGGUCUCCGAUCUCUAACCUACAGUAACAGGAUAAAUCCGUCCAUACCUCUCUGCCCGUCAGAGAUUGCUGGUGAACAAUGCGACGAGACGUGCGAAUUCCAGCACAUCAAAUCUAUUGUUGCUCCUGACGAUGCCAUCCUCUUGGAGCUCGGCAAAGCCGACGAAUUCGAAGGCGAGCAAAAGACCCGGUUCAUCGAUGGUCUUCGCAAGCUCCUUCACGAAUUCCGUGCAAAGAAGGUCAGAGACUUCGAAGCUAUUGCUCGCGGCAUCAUCGAGUACCGCACUCGCUUCCUGGGGGAUAGGUCAAAGGUGCUUCCGUUGGAAGGGGUAACCCUUUGAUCCAUCCCCUUUUUGCCGUUCCGGGCACUUUUUGUCCCCAUCAGCUUUAAUCCCAUCAUAAACAUUGUGGCUUUUCACUGCCCACCAUUCCGGCCGUAGAUAUUUCACUUCGACCCUAUCUUGCUUUGAAGAAGCAUCCACAUUCCAUUUUUUUCCUUCCAGCGUGUUUUCCUUCCAGCAUUUUUGACACGGGGUUGGGUUCAUGGGGCCCGUUCUUCUCUCAUUUGCUCUUUGCAUGGCCCGCUUCUCUGGAUCGGCUAUAAUGGGAGCCGACCCUGUGUUUGCACGCACCAUGGCACAGUUGAGAGGUUCGAGCGGCGUUUGAGCAGCAUUUUCAAGAGGAGGGCAUUUUAGGAGUAUUAUACCCCCUUCUUUCCUAGUGGGAUCAACUUCCCUGUGGAAUUCAGGACUU